GCGGGCGGCAGGGACCGGCGGGCGGGGAGGGGCGGGCCGGGCCGGCGAGUUGGAGCGUCCGGGCCCGCGCCCCGGCCGGCCGGCCAUGCUCAUCACGCUGUGCUACCUGUACCUGUGGGCGCGCUGGGGGCGCCGGCCGGCCGCGCUCGUGCGCAUCACGGUGCAGCGGCUGCGCGCCUCGCGCUGCUCCUUCACCUUCUGCGUGGCGGCCGCGCGGCCCCCGGAAGCCCGCGUGUGCCUGAGCCGCGGCGGCCGCGUCUUCUGCGUCGGCGAGAGCCAGUCCAUCGAGGACCUGAACAAAUGGGCCCUGUACCUCGUUCCCCCCCUCGUCCUGGAAGCGGAGCACAUCGCGUUUGUGACGGAGAGCGUGUGGGUGCGGGCGGAGGGCCCGCGGCAGUCUUCCCGGACAGAGGCCAUUGUGAAGUGGUCAGACUGCUGUUUGCCACUAGCCUGCAGACCUGGGGACCCUCACCAGCUAAUCGCCAAAGCCAGCGUGGAUGACUUCAGCAAGCUGGGGGCGGCGUUCAUGGAAGACAGACUCCAGAUGGCUAAUGGGCUGAUACCCCGAAAGAUUGUUUCGGUGCACAUUCAGGACUCCACUCUGCAGGAGCUUAAGGACCAGGCCACCGAGCCAGCCCUCAGCCUGCAGCCGGGCCCCGAGUCUGCCGUCCAGGGUGAGCCUGACCCACUGCAGGACUCCACGCUGCAGGAGCUUAAGGACCAGGCCACCGAGCCAGCCCUCAGCCUGCAGCCGGGCCCCGAGUCUGCCGUCCAGGGCGAGCCUGACCCGGGCGCCAUGGCGCACGCUGGCAAAGACGACCAGAAGGUCCUCGGUGCAGAACGCCCACCGGGGCGAGGCGGCGGCUCCGGGCACGAGGCCGCCGGGGAGAGCAGCCAGGCAGAGUGCUGCACCGAGCUCUGCGGCCUCCACCUGUCCAGCUGCCACGAGUGCCUGGAGCUGGAGAACAGCACCAUCGAGUCCAUCCGGUGCGCCUCUGCCGAGGACAUCCCGGAUCUGCCCUACGAUGCCGGCGGCGGGAACGGCGUGGCCGAUGCCGGCCGCCCCGAGAGAGGAGCGGGGAGCACCAGCCUCACCGGGAAGGCCCCCAACAUCCUCCUCUACGUGGGCCCCGAUGCCCAGGAGGCCCCGGGCCGGCUGCGGCAGGUCCGGUCCGUCCUGGCCGACUGCGUGGACCCCGACGGCUACACGCUGUACCACCUGCCGGAGGAGAGUGCGCGCCGGGACCCGUGGCCGGACAACUGCGUGCUGCUGGUGGUGGCCGGCGGGGAGCCGGUCUCUGAGGCCGUGCACCGGCGGGUCCUGGCCUACCUGGCCCAGGGCGGGAAGGUGCUGGGCCUGGCCUCGUCCUUCGUGCCGGCCGGCUGCCAGCUGACCAGCAGGGCGGCGCUGCAGGGCACGGUGCAGAGCCUGGUCUUCUCCGGGACCGGCGGGAGCCCCGUGCGGCUCAGCGUCCUGGGCAGCGGCCGCGUGUACAAGCAGGGCCCCGGGGAACCGACUCACCUCGGCCAGCUUCAUGGCUGCCUGGACGGCGCGGACCAGGACCGGCUGAUCGUGCACGUGCCUGUCGGAGCGCGUGGCGGGGAGGCCGUGCUCUGCCAGGUGCACCUGGAACUGCCUCCCGACUCCUCCGUCGUGCAGACCGAGGAAGACUUCAACCUGCUCAAGUCCAGCAACGAGAGGCGGUACGAGGUCCUGAAGGAGAUCCUGCGUGCCCUCGGCCUCCGCUGUGACGCGCAGCGCGUUCCCGCCUUAACGCCGCUCCACCUGCUGCCAGCGGCCGAGGAGAUCCGGGGCCCUCUCACGCAGUGGCUGGAGAAGUGCGUGGCCGCUGGAGGAGAGAUAAAGUCCAGCAAGCUCUCCCUCAGGCUCGUCGCGUCCCACACGCCCGACAUGGAAGUCACCCCAACCGCCCUCCCCGUGGUGACCGACCCGGCGGCCUUCUCCUGCGCGCACUUUGACCUGGAGAUCUACCGGCAAAACCUGCAGACAAAGCAGCUGGGGAAAGUGAUUCUGUUUGCCGAAGUGACCUCCUCCACCAUGAACCUCCUGGAAGGGUUGAUGUUUGAGACGCCGCAGGAAAUGGGCUUAAUAGCCAUCGCAGUCCGCCAAACACAGGGCAAAGGGCGCGGAGGGAACGUGUGGCUGAGCCCCCUGGGAUGCGCUCUUUCCACGCUGCUGGUCUCCGUCCCGCUGAGGUCCCCGCUGGGACAGAGGAUCCCGUUCGUCCAGCACCUGAUGUCCCUGGCUGUGGUGGAGGCGGUGCGGUCCGCCCCCGGGUACCAGGACAUCAACCUUCGGGUGAAGUGGCCCAACGACAUUUACUACGGCGACCUCAUGAAGCUCGGCGGCGUCCUGGUCAACUCGACGCUCGUGGGAGAAACAUUUUACAUUCUCAUCGGCUGUGGCUUCAACGUGACUAACAGUAACCCCACCAUAUGCAUCAACGACCUCAUCGCAGAACACAACAGGAAGCACGGGGCGGCCCUGGCGCCUUUAAGAGCUGACUAUCUCAUCGCCAGGACGGUGACGGUGCUGGAGAGCCUGAUGGACACGUUCCAGGACGCGGGGCCCAGCGGGGUCCUCCCUCUUUAUUACAAGUACUGGGUGCACAGUGGCCAGCGGGUCCGCCUGGGGAGCGCCGAGGGGCCAGAGGUGUGGAUCGUCGGCCUGGAUGACUCCGGCUUCCUCCAGGUUUACCAGGAGGGCGGCCAGGUGGUGACUGUGCACCCGGAUGGCAACUCCUUCGACAUGCUCAGGAACCUCAUCGUGCCCAAGCAGCCGUAGUGCGUGGGGAGGGCCUGGCGCUGGGACCACUCAGGACUGGCCGGGCGUGGCCACCGCAGCAAGCAUUCCAGUUGGGGCCUGCUCUCUCCUUGCCCCCAGAUGGAGAAAGCCAGCUUAGAGGGGUGGGCGAACGUCGUCUCCCUCGUUAACCUGUUAGUCCUUGAGGUUUGUUCUCAGUUAUGUCCUCAGUGACGGAGGAAGAUCUGGGGGAGGGGUCCUGGAGGAAGAGGUUCCGUUCAGGUGAAGCCCCCAAAGGUGUGACACUGUUUCCCCGAUUGGGCCUGGAUGUGUGUUUAUUGCAACCCCCAAUAUUUUCACGUGGAAGCCACAGUGGAAUAAUUCAGACAUUUCCCCACAGCGGAGACCUUUACCCUCCUAGACCAUUAAAAAGCAAAUCAGAGACAGCUCCGGGCUGUGCGGUGGAGGCGGAGGCCCGGCAGCUUUCACAGCGGCUUCAGGGCGGACUGGCACUGCGCGGCGGUGUUGGUUCGGUUAAUGAAGAGCCGGGAAGCCAGCCUCUGAGAGUUCCUCUGCCUGGCGGUUCAGGCCCAAUGGCACUGGCCGCAGAGGGGUGAGCAGGGCGGCUGGAUGGCCGCGCGGAGGAAACUGGCUGGUUACUCCGACUGGUUUCUAAGCUCCCCUUUCAUAGCCUUAAUUUUACUCCGAAUCCUGAAGCGAUGGAUCAGGUUCAGGGCCUUCAGGGCUGAUUAGGAUCGCCCAGGCGUGGGUGCGCCCUGGCUCCUGACAGCUGGAGGCGGAGGCUCAUGCUGCUGCACGCAGGGGGACGGGGAGCUUUGAAAUGUCCCUGUGAGGCUGCUCACAGAACAAGAAGUACGUGAUCGGGUGUUUGUAAGUCAGUAUUUUUUUAUCCCCUUGUGAUAUCGACAAGAAAGAAAAUGUUAUUGAUAUGGAAUGCCAUCAUUUAGGAAGUGUGUGUGGGGGGGAGGGGGGUGGGGCGGGGAGCGAUCUUUAAAUUAUCUUGAAAACCUGGUAUACUAAGCCUCCACCGAAGAACAAAAGAGGGGAAGCCUUUUGAUAUGCAUUUGCCGUUUCCAGAUGCACUCCAUGCUCCUUCCAUGCACCUCCUCUCUGUUGAUGUGAAUCAUGCACAUCACUUUGCGGCCUGAAAGGCCGGUUUUGCCCACUUUCCCCUCUCCCUGCCAGUCCCCAGUGAAGUUAGCGGAAAGCACGCGGAUGGCGUUCUCCGCUGUGAACGAACCCGCCUGACUGCAGCAGCACCUUCUCCCCCCGCCCCCCGCCGGCAGCUGAUCCCGGACCUGCAGACGUGCGGCUGGAGGGGAGGGUGCGGUGGGAGCCAGGCAUGGCAGCCCCACAGGAAGGGAGCAAAGGAAUGUGAAGUGCACCAGCCCGAUAUGCUUUUUGGAAAUGUAACUUUUAAAAUGAACUUCAAAAGUAAUUUUUGCAACUAAGACUUCAAUUAGAAUUAUGCCCCCUCCCCCCUUGCCCCCAAAGGUCCUCUCUUCUAAAUGGAGUCAGUCCCAGGUUUAAAUAGUUCACCCCAACACUGCCGACAGACGCACCCCGGAGCGGGCUCUGCACAGCAUCAUCCAGAGGAGCGAUCCCGGAGAUUCUCGCUGACUCGGCAACAGGCGGCCAAUCAUCUCGGGGCCACCGUCAUUCCUUUCCCCUUUCUUUGGGGGUUAUUUAAUGAAAAACAUGCUGUGUUUUGCUUUAAGCCGAACUCCUAUUCUGGACAGUUCUGCUUUGGGGAGAAAUGUUAUCACUUAAUUUCCUUUCUGUAAAUUAAAACUAAUGAAGUGUGGCCAAGUCAGAGCAGAGCGAGCUGCGGGCGGCGCGAGACCGCUUGUGCCGCGUCCGCGUCUUCAGGGAGACAAACGGACUGGAAGCAGAUGCUGAGCUUUUCCUGAAGCCCAUUCUGCCUCCGAUGAACCAAAGACUUUGGAAAUUGUGCUUCGUAUAGAGCAGCUGCAUACAGGCAUUUUCCGUGGCGCUGUCAGCGCCAUAGAAACCCGUCCGCUCACCCAUGUGGCAUAACCGUGCACCCGGCAGUCCCAUCCCCAGGAGCUUUUAACGUCUUAACACAAGCCCAGUGGUCCUCGCAGUCCUGACCCGGGACACAGCUCAGGAUUGGUGUGCGUUUGGGACACGGGGUGGUCCCCCAGGUUGGAGGCUGCACUUGAGCCUCUGACAGGUUACGGGCAGGGCGGGACUUCUCUCUGAGCCUAAAGCCGAUUUGGGGACACUUUCCCAAGUGCCGGCCAACACAGGGCAUGCCAGAGCGGGGCUCCCUCUGGCCCACGGAGAGGGCCAGGAAAACCCCACUCCCCGAGGAGUUCAGGAGCCGGCUGGGCAGAGCGUGGGCGUUCACGGGGCGUGGGCUAGGUGGGAAGGGUUUGUGGCUGGCAUCAGACAGCCCGUGGGGUUCAUGGCUGCGGUACCCUCACUUGCGACCAGAGAGUAGAUGCACAAGCCCAGGUUAGUAGCACACCCUGAACCCGGAGAGCAGCCAGCCUCGCCCAGCAGAUGGAGAAGGCCAUGAGUGACCUUUCAGGCUGGCAUUCUGUAGGUCUGUUUGCUGCUAACAGGCAGAAAACGGAGAAUCUUUAUUCCUGGGUAAUUGCUAUGCAUAUUUGAAAUAAAAGGAAGUGGUAACCUUUGCAUUUUCAGCUUUUCAAAGAAUCGUGUCUGAAAAGUAAUUAAGCAGAUACCUAUAAAACACAAGUCUACCAAAAUAAACUUUAAGACUUUCUAUACA